AUGCAACUAUUGUCGGAGGCGGUAGGGUCCCCUUACCCGAUGACCGAGGUUCCCCAUGCUGACGGACAAGCAGAAAACGCCGCUGCAAUGGCGCGAUACCGUCCUGCAGCCUCUGUGAGGAUUCGGGUAUUGAUUGUGUUUAUAAUGAAGCUGAAUCUUCGAGGUGAGAGACCUGCUUAG